CAGCGUGAACGCGCUCACGGCACUGCAGAGACACCGCGUAGCUGCAGUACCGACUCACGUUACAUUGCUGUGUUCACGCGUGAUUGGAUACCGGUUUCACACACCCGGCCCUGGCCCAGAUCUGAAGAAGAUUUGCAUGAUGGAGAAGGAGACAUCAGAAGGAGAACAUCAGAAGGAGUCUGAUCAAGACCGGAAAGAGCUUGAGAAGAAGCUCCAGGAUGUCGGGAUCGAUCCACACAUCUGGCUACCGAGACUGCGGGGGCAUCUUAACAUUACCAGAGCACAAGCUUUACAAUACGUGGGCUUCAAGGACUAUCAGAAAUUACAACAUUACUGUGAGCAUGAAUGGGAAAAAGAGGCCCUCCAAAAACUCCUCAAUAUACAAGAGAAGGAGUCUCAGUCAAAAAAGAGGCGGGAUGAUCAGUCAAAACAGUCAAAAAAGCUGCAGGAUGAGUGGUCCGAGGCAUUUAAAAAGAGACAGCAGGAGGCCAGGUCUGCACUCAAUGAGCUUCAACAUAUGCAAGAAAAAGGAAGAAAUCGUAAUGAUGGCAUUGUGAAGGAAAAAGAAGAGCAGCUUCAGCUGGCCUUACAGGUACCCAAAGAAUACUGGGUGCAUUCUGGGGUACCGCUUCAGGAUCUGAUAAAGAACAUGCAUAAGCAGUUAGACCUUGCAGAUUGUUCAGUGUUAAAAAGAGAUCAUCUAUCUGAUGAAGAGGUUUUGAAGUGUGCUUCAGGAGGACUUGCUUUGGAGGGGAUUUACAAAUCUAAUCAACUGGAGGAAGCUAUGGUGAAACGAGAGCGCCUUCUGGAUGUCCCUGAGUCUUUCUCUUUCUCCGGCCCUGAACAGAUGCCUGUGCUCAAUCAACAAGACGUUUCUUCCCAUGAAGCAGAAUCUACUUUUAGGAAAGCCAUGGAAAAAAUAGGCCUUAGCAUCACCUGCUCAGCCAAAGCUGGCUUUUGGGGUUUUGGUUUAGAAAUCAACACAAAUGUUAAAUCUUCCUCACAAUCUGAGCAAACAUGCCAGUCAGAUUCUGCACACAGCUACGCUUGCACCACAAAGUACAAUUACAUUCCUCUAGCGUCCUGCUUUUUUGGGAAGGACCAACUUCAUCUAUCAAAUUCAGCACUAAGAGAGCUGCAAAGCAUAGAUGAAGCAUAUCUUAAAAAUAAUGAAGAAUUCAGCAAACAAAGAUGUUUGGAAUUCUUCCAAAGAUUCGGCACCCAUGCAAACCAAGGGCCUCUUCACUUUGGAGGGAUAUUCUGGUGGAAGGCGUCUUCUGAAGGCUUUAGUGCACAUGAGAUGAACGAGGUGAAAACACUGACAUCUGAAGCAUUGAGUACUUAUGUUGGUGCCAGCUAUAGUGGACCUGUAUUGAGCUUUUCAGCAGGUGUUGAUGCAACUCAUUCAAAAUCAGCAGGAUUUGCAAGUCAUGAUCGCAGAGAAGCUCUUUGGCAUAAUAUAGAGCUUUCUGUAUCAAAAACAGGGGGUCCAGCUGAAGCAGACAGUCUCUUGCAGUGGAAAACUGGUCUGAUUGCCAGCAACAAGACAUGGUGUGUUAUUGACAGAGGCCUUCAGAUUGUACCUGUGUGGGAUAUAAUCAUGUGCAAUCAUAAGGAGGAUUUCAGAGAUGCUGUAAAACUUGCCAAUAGUCUUUCGGCAGCAUAUGACAUGUUAACAAAGCAUGACAAAAAAGCAGAAGUUCUAUGUGGGGGAGAACUAAACACUCUAGAAGUUGAGGCCCAAGCUGUCCUUCAUGGCAUUCGCAUGUGGAAUGUUUCUACUGCAGAGCAGCACUUAAUGAAACUCAUUGAAUUUAAAAAGAAGCUGACUGAUGAAAAGAAGAAUGUCAGUGUAUGGACCAGCAUAUUUCUCUCUGAUGAGGUUUUUCAGGAUUUCUUGACAAAACUUGUUGCGACACAUACAAAUUCCCCUUGUGAUGACACAGUUAAAAUCAGGUUUCUAAUGCGUCAUCUUCUUGAAGAUAACAUCUAUGAUGUAGGAAAAGAAAACUUCCCAAAUCGAUCCAGCAUUGUGAAAUGGAUUCAUCAGUCCAACAACAACCACCCAAGUGAAGUUUCAGUAUCUGAAUUUUCUCAGUUGGCUAAACUUUUAAAUCAAGCAAAAAAUGACACCCAGGAAAUUUCUUACAUUUGCGGUUCUUCUGAGGAUUCUAUACGUAGCGCAAAGGUCCAAAGCACCCGUCUGAUUACUGAUGCUCUCUACACUCUACGUAAGAGUUUGAUCGACACACAGAAGAUAGAGGAAGAGUUGCUAUUGCUGACAAUUAGUGCAGUGAAAGGAUACUCUGAUAAAGACAACACCUUUGAUCACCUUCUUGGAUGGCCAGAAAUUGAGUUCUUACUCAGUAAAUUAGAAAGUGCCCACACCAAGUAUUCCAGUCUUAGGAAUGAAAGUGUUGCCAAAGCUCAAGCCUUCUUGAUCUCAACAGGGUUGACAGUAGCAGCGGAUUGCACUGAAGUAUCUUCUUAUGAGAAGAAACUACGUUUGGCCUUCAUGAAAGCUCAUUUGAAAGAAACUGUAUCUGAAGAAAUUGCAAUGCUAAUUGACUUCUCUGCUGAACCGGUCAGUGGUUGGGACAGGCUUGAGGAAGACUUGAAUUCUAUUUCAAAAGGAACCUACCAAGCAAUGGUUAAGAAUGUGCACAAUCAAGAAGCAUGUUUAACAAAAGAUUUGGAGGAUAUUUCUAAAAUGAAAACACAGCCAAAGUCAACGGCAAAAGAAAUCUCUGUAGCAUUAUCAAACAAGGAGUGGGGUGUAAUAGAAAGACUGGGGCUUCAGAAAUACUAUCCAAAGAAAAUGACAAUGUCCGACAUCCUUGUGAUUGACAAAUCCGCUUUAGAAGACUGCCAGCCCUCCACAGAACAGGAACUGCUGUUUUUUUUCCUGCAAAAGCUUUUGAUGUUGGACUACAAGGCGAGGGAUGUGUUUUGCAAUCUCAAAAGCACUGCAAAGCAAACCACAAGCAGUACUCCAACUGUGGCAAUGAGUCUUGAUGACUUUUUUUGUGAUGGAAAUACAAAUAUAAAUAAAAAUACUGAAGAUGAACCAAAACACAUUCAUCCCAUGGAUGUUCAAAUGGCUAUUUAUCACUGUGCCGACAGUUUUUUGUGGCAGUACAUUGCAACAAAGCUUUCAUUUUGCCAGUAUGCACUUCCUUGUUUGGUGCCCAACCCCUUCACAUCAAAUAUAGAAUUUCCUUCAUGGUCUUUUGUGCAGCUUAAAAAGAGCUGGAAAUGUUCAGAAAGAGCUGAUCAACAAAGUAAGACAGCAAAGUGCAAAAGCCAAUCUCUUUAUGAAGCUGAACUUCCGACCGUAUCGUUCAUACGGUUUGGUUCUUCUGCAUCAUCGAAGUCUCAGAUCUUGAACAAUUUAUUGAACAGUCAAAAGCACAAUACCUUUUUCCACAGACACUGCAAAGGCAGCAGUGCACCUCGCCUCUUCAUGGAUGGGGUUGUGGAGAGAUCGUGGUAUUUCCCAGGUGGGAAGGAUGAUGAUGUUUUUGAUGACUGUGUUGCAUUCACUAAUCUUCAUGGAGAUGCAAGAGAACAUGAAAAACAGUUUGAAUUUUUACUCAAGACUGCAACCAUCAAUGUAGUCCUUCUCACAGGCUCUGAUCGAAAUGAAAUAGGCAAUGCAAUUCUACAGAAACUUUUUAAUUCUCCAAAGCCCCUAAUCUGUCUUUGUGCUGACAUGAAAGUAACUCCAAAAGAACAACAAGGAACAAAGGUUAGAAUAGCUGCUGAGAGCAGAAAUGAGGCUGACCUUGUUGAGGAUCUUGUAACAACAAUUAAGCGUCUAUUGGGCAGCCUGAAGCAUACCUCCAGUAUUAAGACAUGCACAGGUAUUGCUAGGAACCUUGGAUUUCUGAUUGAAGAGGAUCAUGAACACUGUAAGCAAGGCAAGUCCUUAGCAGAGGCAUUACUGGCACCACUGAAAAGUGAGAAGUUGUCUGUCAUUAAAGACAAGUACCUACCACUGCAAGGGGAACUAUGGCAUACAUGGUGCAAGAAAAACAAGGAGCUUUUACAUCUGCAGAUCAAAGGAAACAUAAGUGUUGAACAACACAAAAGUCACAUUGAACAGGUCAAAAAUGACAUCAGAAAAAAACAGUUCAGUAAAGCUUCUCCUAUGAACAAUGUAAUUAGAACAUUUCUUACAAAUCUACAGUGCAACUCGGAGGCUACUAAAGUGUUUUUUCUCAAAUGGAUGGAAAUAUUUUUAUAUGACCUUACAUCAGAACAGCUUUCUGUACUUGAUGAUACACAGCAUGAGAAGUGGUCAAAGAUGCAAGCUUUAAAACAAAGAGGGGGAAACACUGACCGCUUACAAAACGAACUAGUCCAGUUAUCGAAUGAGAGAAUUGCUUCUACUUUUAGCCUUGAACACUUUUUAAGGGAACUCGGUCAAAUCUAUGAAGCUUUGGAGUCCCAGUCUAGCAAACAAAAAGUAAUAUUUUCUCUCCCAGAAAUUGCAGCAGAUAUGAUGAUUUCGGGAUAUCCUAUUGAACUGAUGGAUGGGGAUGCUUCACAUGUGCCCCUGAAAUGGAUCAGCUCAGUUCUUGACAAAGUCAUUGAGAAGCUUGGUGACCAAAGAGUCUUUGUUCUUUCUGUUCUGGGCAUUCAGAGCACUGGGAAGUCCACUCUGCUGAAUGCCAUGUUUGGACUCCAGUUUGCAGUCAGUGCAGGCAGAUGCACCCGAGGAGCUUUCAUGCAGCUGGUUAGAGUGAAGGAGGAUCUGAGACGAGAGAAGCAGUUGGAUUAUGUUCUUGUGGUAGACACAGAAGGUCUUCGGACUUUAGAAGUUGGCAAAUCAACCCUUAACCAUGACAAUGAGUUAGCAACCUUUGUCAUUGGUCUUGGUAACAUGACCCUGAUAAAUAUAUUUGGAGAGAACCCCUCUGAUAUGCAAGAUGUUAUUCAAAUUGCUGUUCAGGCAUUUCUGAGAAUGAAGCAGAUACAUCUGACCCCCAGCUGCAUGUUUGUGCACCAGAACGUUGGAGAAGUUACUGCAGGAGACAAAAACAUGGAAGGAAAAAGGCGAAUGCUGGAAAAAUUAGAUGACAUGUCCCGUACAGCUGCGAAGCAGGAGCUGUGUGAUGUUAGCUGCUUCAAUGAUGUCAUCAGAUUUGAUGUUAACACACACAUUCAUUACUUUGCUCAUCUUUGGGAAGGUAAUCCACCAAUGGCACCUCCUAAUCCAAGCUACAGUGAAAACGUUCAGAAGCUGAAACGGAUGCUGCUCUGUUCUGUGACACACCAGAAUACAUUGACGAUCUCAGGGUUUAAAACACGCGUCCAAGAUCUCUGGAGCGCACUCCUUGCAGAAAACUUUGUCUUUAGCUUCAAGAACACACUUGAGAUUGCAGCAUACAGGAAGUUAGAGGAAAUGUAUGCAGACUGGACCUGGAGGCUGAGAAGUCGGAUGCUUGACAUUGAAAACAAACUGAAGAUUAAAAUUGAGCAUGACAGAGGAGAAGUUGUGGAAAAGAAGGACCUUGAAUCAGACAUGCAGACAGAAUACAAUGCUGUCACAAAAGAGAUGGAAUGUUAUUUUUCAGAACACAAUGACCGAGAGAUACUGAUUCAAUGGAAAAGAAAAAUUGAACAGCAACUUGCAGAUGUUAAAGAUCAGAUAAUUGGAGAAACGAAAAGGAAAUUUGACAAACUUGUUCGGCAGAAGAAAAGUUGUUGGGAUUUGGAGGAAAAGAAAUCUAAAUAUGAAGAUCAACUGCUGCAGCGGAGCAAAGAGCUGGCGCUGAGACUUAAAGCCAAAGAUUUGGAUGAAGAGAAACUGAAGAGUGAAUUUCGAAAGCUGUGGUCGACUUGGGUGUAUGAUGUGUCUUCAGACAUGCCCCCUGCUAAAAAAACUGAUGUCAAAAUUGAGACGGAGCAAAUUCUCAUUGAGCGUUUAGUAGGUGAGUCACUUUGUACAAGAAUGGAGAUUGGCUCGUAUAGAAACUUACAGUCUUUCUUGAAUUUCUCCAAUUACAUUUCAAUAAAUACACGUUUCUUUAAUAAUAUGAUCACAUCAGAAGAAGCUAACCAGCUUUCUCUAAGGUUGACACAAGACAUAAUCCACAGUGUUAAUGAAAGCAUUAAAGUUAAGGAGCGUGCCAAUGUCGACUACAGUCCAACCUUCAUACAUGAAAUUGUCAACAAAAUAGGGAAGGAUAUACAAGAUUUUCAGUCUAAGGAAAAACGAUUUGUGCUUAAAAACAAUUACAAAACCGAUUUAUGUUUAAUGUUGUGUUAUCAAGCAGCACAGAGGUUUCAAGAAAUGCAUAAUGCCUUCCAAACAGCUAAUGAUCCACUUACAUACCUUAAAAAUAAGAAAGAGGGCUACUUCGGGAUUUUUGCAACUUUCUGCAAGGGUGCGACAUCCACCACUGGGCUGGCUGACUUUGUAGGUAGCCAGUUAAAAGAGGCAAUCCGUCAGGAGGUCUAUAAUAAGACAAAUGCAGACCUAGCAGGUGAAAUCAGGUCCAACACUCCUGCCUUUAAAGGCAAUAGAUCCAAUCUGGAAAGCCACAUUCUGAAAACUCUGGCAGAAGAUGAAAACUUUGAUAAGUUUAUGGAAUACAUCCAUCAUCCAAAACAGUAUUUUGAGGAAUUUAUUAACCAAUCCAUUGACAGUUAUUGUUGGGAUGGGAAAUAUCCCAUGAUACUUAAAGUCUUCAGAAAAAGUCUUGAGCACUUUAAGAUUCGUGUUUUGACUGCAAUUUCUAAAUCAACCGAAGUAGUUCAAGACAAAAAUGGCGAUGUUCCAAUGUGGCUGGAUGAGUUUUGUGGGGAGCUCAAAGAAGACCUAGAAUUCACAAGACGUGACCUGAAAAGUGUUGAAUACCAGGAGAUCAAUGAUAUCAGGUUCCUUGAAGAAGCAAUGACUACAGUGCUGGAACAUGUUGUUGAAGAUUUAGAAAAGGACUUUCGUCUGGAAUCUUCAACCAAUACAAAAUCAUCCAGGACAGAAAUUCAAGAAAAACUGUUUGAUCAUCUCUGUGGAUGCUGGGAGCAGUGUCCUUUUUGCAGUGCGAUCUGCACAAACACAAUCUCGGAUCACGAUGGAGAUCACAGUGUUGACUUCCAUCGCCCUACAGGAAUACGUGGUGUGGAGUGGUACGAAACUGACAAUCUCAUUAUAGAUAUUUGCUCUAGCCUUGUAGGGAGUGACUGUCAGAUGGAACUGAGUGAGGACAAAUUCAUUCCUUUCAGAAAUUACAGGGAAGCUGGGCCCAGCUAUGCAAAAUGGAGCAUUACACCCGACAGCUCAUUACAACCAUACUGGAAAUGGUUUGUGUGUCAAUUCCAAUCAGACCUGGAAAAGUACUAUUCAAAAAAAUGUCAUGGACAGGGAGAGAUUCCAGCUCAGUGGAAGACCAUCACAAAAAGUGCAGCUAUUGAAAGUUUGAAACUGUCCACAUAACGUGCUUGACCAGUGAAUUUCUGGCACAAGACAAUUAUAAGGCAGCUUGACAAGUUGCAGUCUCAUCAUUGUUAUUUCCUGUUUAUUACAACACGUGUGUUUACUAUAUCAUUCUCCAACCAUUUUUUAUUUUAGAAUUAUAACAAUACAUAAACUUAUUUUUCCAUUAUUUUGCUUUGUGCAAAGCUGAAACUGUAUUUGGAUAGCAGACCUGAGACAAAUAUAGUUACAUUUGAUCAUUUGAUUUGAUUUGUAAAAAUAAUAGUUGUCAUUAUUAUUACAGUAUUUUAAACUAUUCAAAUAUUUGUUCCAAAAGCAAAUUAUUAUUUGAAAAUAGUCAAAGAUUGUUUCCACACUUCAGUACUAUUUGAAAAUAUUGAAAUAUUAGUAAAAUAUAAAAGUAAACUUAAAACUAUUAUGUUCAUCACGGCAGGUGUAAUUGUUCUUCAAACUGCUCUGUUCAUCACGGCAGGUGUAAUUGUUCUUCAAACUGCUCUGUUCAUCACGGCAGGUGUAAUUGUUCUUCAAACUGCUCUGUUCAUCACAGCAGGUGUAAUUGUUCUUCAACCUGCUCUGUUCAUCACGGCAGGUGUAAUUGUUCUUCAAACUGCUCUGUUCAUCACAGCAGGUGUAAUUGUUCUUCAAACUGCUCUGUUCAUAGCAGCAGCAGCAGCAGGUGUAAUAGGACAGGGCAGGUUUAUCUACAUUGAAUCCUGGAGACUCAUUAUUAAGCUUUAAUUACUGAAUGUUACAGAGACAUAUUUGAAAGUAUUGUAGCUGUUCUUGUCCCAGGUUUGUUGGAUAGAUUGUUCUCUUCUCAUUCCAUAUAACCAUUAAACACUGAAACAAUCUGCCAUGUGUGAUCAGUGUGUCAUUAAACUCAGAUUGCUAUUAAUAUAAAAGGGGUAGUGGGGAAACACUGCUUUUAAUUUCAUGAUAUUUUGUGUCAGUAAAUCUCAACAAACUUCCACUGAAUGUAAGCUGCUGCAUUCGGGGUAAACUCAUUCAUGAGGCAAUGCAGAGUUAUUGUUUACCAUGACACUUUUACUUUUGAAUUCAACUUUUUUAUUAUUGUUGUUACUAUUGUACCUGUGCUUUGAAAAUAACAGUACACACAUAUGUAGAAGUUUGCUUAGUUAUUUUCUUUUAUUGUCUCUGUAAUUGCAUACCCAAGUGACUUGAUUGUGUCAUUAUUUUGAGACGUACCACAGCAAUGUAAUGUAUGUAGUAAGUCCUGUGUAUUCUGAUUCCCUCAAUAAAACAUUAGCAACAAAUUACUUCACGAUUGUGUGUGUGUAAUAAUGACUCUUUAAUAGGGUUCUCAUUCAAUUCAUUAAUUGCAUUCAGAAAGAUUUUCUUUAGUCAAAAAAAUGAUCAUAGUAUUUUUGUUUCUUUUACUUUUAGUUUCUAAAUUCACGCGUCUCGCCGGGGUGCAAGGUGCGCCCUAUAGCCCUACAGGAGAUCGCUGUUUGGAAUCCGGGCUGUUCCACUGGCCGGGCGCCUGCAGGCCUGCGGUGCUGUCACUUGAUCUGUGUUGCACGAUAGGUCAGGUGGCUCGGCUGUGGGUUUGCAGUGUGAAUAAAGAGGUCGGCUUGAUGGUGCUCGUUUCAGAGGAUGCACGUGCUCGUCUUCGUCUCUCCCGAGUCGAUACGGGAGUUGCAGCGCUGAGAAAGGGUCUUAAAAACAAUAGGAUAAUCCAAACUGGGAGAAAAUGGGGGUAAAAUAAUUGUUGAUUCCAAAUUUAAAAAAAUAAUGAUAAUGUGUAAAAAUAAUAAUAAUGUGUAAACAUAUUUAAAAGAAUUAUUAGCUCAUGUUUAAUCGUUUAAAAAUAUUUUCAAGCAGGUGUCAGCGAUGAGUCCAUACAAGGACGUGGUAAGAGUUGUCCAUGUCCAUACACAUUAGUCUUCGCAUUGCAGUCAGGUCAGAACAGAGCAGCAGAUAAUGCGUUUACUUCAACUGAGCUGUCCAAAACUGGGCAAAGUUUUCAAAUCAAAUCAGUGUUUCUCAAUUGGAAUCACAAUACUCAGUGUUUUUCGAAGAUAACACAAUGGGCAGUGCAACGUGUUGGUGCCAUCUUUUUAAAAAACAGCGAGGAAUACAUGAGUUAGCCAGUCCAGACACUGAACGAGCCUUCAGUCACAUGAAUGGGAUCAAAACCCUUUACCCAGAAUCAACUGGAACCAUGCCACGCUGAUG